AUGUCGACCCCGUCCACGUCGCGAGGCGCGUGGGACCUCCCAGAAGGAUGGCUUCAGUGCCCCAGGAUGUCUGACGUCUUCGCCGGGUCCUUCUUGGCGUCGAAAACGCCGUUGAGAGACGCGUUUUAUCAAAAUUCAAAUGUUCCAGACCAGGACAAGUAUACGCCCGACGACGCGAUCGCCCUGGCUGCGUCGAAGGGACGGGACGUGUGUCUCGUGAUUGAUCUCACGAAUACGUCGAGAUAUUACGACGUCUCGAGCUUUGAAAAGUACGGGAUCGCCGUGAGGAAGAUUCGGUGCGGCGGUCGUGACGGCGCGCCGGAUGCGCGGGAAGUUUCAGAGUUUUUAUACGUCGUGAAGCGGACGAUGGCGGCGAUCGCGAGCGAUCCGGGUUGGCAGGCAAGGAUUAAGGAGACUGGGGCGCAGCCAGUGGUGUUGGUGCACUGCACGCACGGGUUCAAUCGCACGGGGGCGAUGUUGGCGCACUAUUGUCAACGCGCGUUCGCGUGGCCCGAGUUGAACAAAUGGAUCACCGAGUUCGCCAGAGUGCGUCCGCCGGGAAUUUACAAGAGCGACUACUUGGAGUCGUUGUUCGAUUAUUACCUCGAGCGGCGAUUUAGCACGACGAAGGAUCCGAAGAGGCCGAGUUGGAAGAGCGACGAUUUGAGCGACGCGCCACCGUUGGCAGAUGAAAAGGUCCCAACCGGGGAUUUAUUCGAUCCGAUUAUGAACACUUCAUACAAGAAGACGCUCGCACACUCGCGGGCGCCGAUUCCGGGGACGCGACGGGCGUCGCAGCGCGCGUUUGAGAUCGCGUCGACAGCGGAUAUCGAUGCAAGCGCACCAUUGCAUCACGAAGACGUCAUUGGUGAGGAGGUGUACGACGAGAUGAUCACAGAGGUUAGAAAGCUGUGCUCGUGGGCGUGUGUGAGUGAUGACUCGAACAUUUCACCCGAUAACUUUCCUGGUUCACAGCCGGUGAGUUUGAGUCGUGAUAACAUGUCUCUGCUCAAGCGCGAGCCAUACAGCGUGACGUGGAAGGCGGACGGGACGCGUUAUUUAUUAUUGCUCAUGCGUGAUGGUUCGUACUUGAUCGAUAGGAAAUUUUCCGUGCGGCGGGUGCAGAUGCGUUUUCCAUUGCCUCACAAAAAAUUUGGCAUGUCGGUCCACCACUGUACGCUCAUGGAUGGGGAGAUGGUGGUGGACACGGAUCCGGAGACAAAGAAGCAGACGCGUCGGUACUUGGCGUACGAUUUGAUGGCGGUAAACGGCGAACGCGUUGCGAAUCGACCGUUUCUCGAGCGAUUAAAUAUUGUUCGAGAGUUCGUCGUGGAGCCGAGGAAGAAGUUUCUCGCGAGCACGGCGCCGAGUGGGGCGUACGCAGCGCACAAGGAGCCCUUCUCGGUGCGCACGAAGGAUUUCUUUCCGCUCAAGCACGCGCGCACAUUUAUCGAAAAGUUCAUCCCUCAACUCUGUCACGAGAGCGACGGGUUGAUUUUUCAACCCUCCAACACCGCGUAUAUGCCGCUGACGUAUGAGUCGCUUCUGAAAUGGAAAUUUCCCGAGCUAAACUCGGUAGAUUUCCUCCUGCGUGUCGCACACGGGAAGGGGUUGCUCUUCGUGGGUGCGAAAGGAAGAGAUCAAUUCGCGAGGCUUGAGGAUGACUUCGUCACACGUACCGACUCGCUCGAGAGCCUGGAUGGGAAAAUCGUUGAGUGUUCUUGGGAUAUGAACGCGAACACGUGGGUGUACAUGCGUACACGGGCGGAUAAGGAGACCCCAAACUUCAUCACAGUGUAUGAAAAGACGUGGAAGAGCAUCCAGGAUAACAUCACGUCGGAGGAUAUUCUCGACUUUGUCGAGAAAGAGGUCGGCGUCUAG